AUGGAGGCUGCAACGGGACAAAUCCCAAAGGCUGGGUCGGCGGAUGGGCUGGAAGGGCGUCUGUGGGAACAGCUGAUCGGGUGCCAGAAGCAAGAGCGUGUGAGGAACGGCAGGUCGGGGCGUAAGCGACCGCACCCAAAUGCAGCCGCAUCAGGAGCAGCUGGCCACCUCGUCCACUAAGCUGAACCGCGGACUUCCUUGGGGCUUUAGUCUGGAGAGGACACAUGAAGAGCCUGCGGACUUACUUCGUCGAAUCUCGGCGCCGUGUGUUCACCGACACCGCAUGA